AUGAAUAAAAGGGCAUACAGUGAAUCUGUGGUUCCGUCUAAGCAUUCAAUUAGUACUAGCAGUGGUAUUAGUAGCAGUGGUAGUAGUAGCAGUGGUAGUAGUAGCAGUGGUAGUAGUAGCAGUGGUAGUAGUAGCAGUGGUAGUAGUAGCAGUGGUAGUAGUAGCAGUGGUAGUAGUAGCAGUGGUAGUAGUAGCAGUGGUAUUAGUAGCAGUGGUAGAAGAAAUGACGUAAAAGAUUUAAACAAUGAUAUAAGGGAAAAUAAUAAAACUGAAGGAAAGAAUGAAAAGAAAUUAGAAAAUGUUGUAGUUAGAAUUAGAAAAUUAGAAAAGCAUGAAAAGUCAACAUUGCAUGCAGAUCCUAAUGAUAAGACUGCUUUAUAUUUUGAUAAAGAUUUUGAAAUAGAGAAAUACAAUUUCGAUAUAGUUUUUGAUGAAAAUGAUGAUAAUAAAAUGAUUUUUAAUAAAAUAGGUGGUCAUAUAAUGGUUAAUAAUGUUUGUGAAGGAUUUAAAGAAACUAUAAUAACAUACGGUCAAACAGGCAGUGGUAAAACAUAUACUUUAUUCGGAUCAAAUAAUGAAUAUGGUAUCAUCUAUUAUUUUGUUUAUAAUUUAUAUAAAUUAUGUACUGCAAAGAAUAAAAAAAAAAAAAUUUAUCUAAGCAUAUAUGAAAUAUUAGGGGAUACUUUAAUUGAUCUCAUAUCUACAUUAAAUGAAAAAAACGUCGAAUUUUACACAGAAGAGCAUUACCUUAAGACUAUUAGAUAUACUUAUAAAGUUGUCAAUAUAAAGAAUUAUGAAAUGGCCAAAAAAAUAAUUGAUACCGCAUGUUUGCUCCGAAAUGUCGAGGCUACUUCCCAGAAUAUGCGGUCAAGCAGGUCCCAUGCGAUCAUUCAGUUUUUUGUAAAAAUUUCUGACUCCACAGUUAAUAACGGCAUUGAAACAAUUAGGGAGUACUAUGGCGUACUAACACUAGUGGACUUGGUUGGAUGUGAACGAGAAGAAUUUAACACAAAUAAAAGUGCAAGUAAAAAUGAUAAAACAUCUAGUAAAUUUUUGAAUUCAUCUCUUACAUCUCUUAAUAAGAUGUUGAGAAAAAUGCAAAUGGGAAAUUUAGACGAAUCGGAUAAACGUCAAAGCGUUUUGUGUAAAGUGCUCUUUAACUACAUUCAGAAGACCUGUGGAGUUUGCCUCAUUUUUUGCUUCAACCCCAGAAUAAGCCAAAAGAGUCUAACCAGCUCAACGCUUAUCAUGGCCAGUGAUUGCAAAAAAAUAAAAAGCAAAAGAAAGCAGCUAAUUCAUGUUAAGUCUGAAAAUAAAGAAGAUUUUUUCAAAAAGAUUGCACAUGAUGGGAAUAAAAAGAGUAUUCAGAAUAAAGAUCAGUACGAAGAAAAAAGUUGGGAUGUAUUUGAUUCCUCUAAAAAGGAUUUAAAUGAUACAAAUAUUGAAGAAGACAAAAAAAAUGCUAAGGAUGAUAUGCAUGCUAAGAAUAAUUCCACGAUAUUUCUUAUUUAUUCAAAUGAUGAUAAAGAUCAUCAUGCUGUUAAUAUUUUAAAUAAAAAAAAAGAUAAUGAAAAAGUCAAUAUUUUUAAAAAUAUUGCACAUGAAUUGGUAAAUGAGCAAAUGAGAGAAGAAAAAAAAAAAAUACUCCUUAUAGAGCAAUUAAAAAAUGAUCUUGUUAAACUGAAAAACGAAUGCGCUUUUUGGAAAAGGGAAACACAUAAUUAUCACAAUAAACUGAAAAUAUUAAAUAAAAAUUAUUUAAAAAUCAAUGAAUUUCUUUUUAGAACUUUAAAUACUAACUCUUCUGAUAGUUGUAAUUCCCUCAAUAUUUGCAAUUCGGCUUCUUCCAAAUAUGAAGAACAAAUACAUGAACGACAAAGAAGUCGUCAAAUCAGCUUAAAUAAUAACAAACCGUUUUUCCCUGUAGAGAAAUAUGAACAGGCAAGAAAUUUCGAAAAGGAAAAUGUUUCAAAUAAUCUUUCAAGUGUGCAAAGGGAAGGUGAAAAUGAUGACCAACAAAAAAUUGAAAAGAAUUUGCCUGACUUGGUCAGCUCAAACGAUCUACAAGCUGGCACAUACAUACCAAGCAGUAAUAGUAACAUCAACAAUAGCAAUAGUAAUAGUAACAGUAAUAGUAAUAGUAACAGUAAUAGUAACAGUAAUAGUAACAGCAAUAGUAAUAGUAAUAGUAACAGCAAUAGUAAUAGUAAUAGUAAUAGGAGUAAUAACGGUGUAAAUUGUCGUGUGAAAAAGAACUACACUAUGAUCGACACUUACCAAAUGAAUGAAAAUAAGCCAGAAAAAGGUAAACAAUACACAAAAUACUACUCUUUUAAUGAAAAAAAAAAAUACAAAGAAGAAUUUGUGCAUAAUAAAUCACCUGACCAUGUAAAAAAUCUCCGCAAAUUUUGCACACAAGAGUUAAUAAAUUAUGAACAUAAUUAUGAACAUAAUUAUGAACAUGAAUACGAACAUAAAUAUGAACAUAAAUAUGAACAUAAUUCCGCCCUAAAUUCUGCACAGGUACAAAUGGGCCAACAUGACAAGCAAAAUCAUGAACAAGUCAAGCAAGUAAAAAAUACGAAAACGAAUUUUUAUGAUAAAAAUGUUUCACAUAUUACGUAUAAUCAACAUAAUGAACAUGUCCUUAAAAAUGUAAAUACGUUAUGCAAUAAAAAUAUAAAAAGAGAAAAUAUCAAUUUAAAUCUGAAAGAAAUAAACAAAAAUAAUUUUACAGUUAAUACAUUUCAAAAAAAAAAUACGAGUAACUCAAACGAGGAACAGCUAGUAAAUAAAAACAUUUUAAUGAAAGAAUAUCAAACUGCUAAAACUAGGUCUCCACGUUGUGAUAACAUUCACAAGGAAAUAUAUAAUAAGAAAAAUACUGAACAGAAAAUUGUUAUAAACGAUCAAUCAUAUUUAAGUAAAGGGGAUGAAGAAACAACAAAAGCGGUUACUAUAAACCCUGCUUCACCUAUUAACUUUAAUAAUUUUGAUGAGGUCACAGUGGAAUCCUUAGCUACUAAAAUAAAAAAUAGAAUAUUAAAAUCGAGAAGCUUGUCCAUAGCUCGAUAA